AUGCCGACCACCCGCUCCAUGAGAGUAGCUGUGCUGCCAGCCUCACCCAGAAGAAGUCUGAGGAGCUUCCGCAAUGUCCCUUUGGUUUCCAUGGAAACCUCCUCCUCAGAUGACAGCUGUGACAGCUUUGGCUCUGAUGGAGGCUUUGCGAACACUCAGCGCAGUGUGAGGUCAAAGAGGCCAGCAGAGAAACCAAAGCCUCUGGCGAGGGCAUCAGAUGAGGACACCAACAGUGGCUUUGAGGACCAUGUGAUCAGCAGCCGCAUGAAGGCCAUGAAAGUGGAUUCUCCCAAACGUGGGCGCAGAUCCAGUGGUCUGAAGGUGGCCUUGUCAUUUCCAUCUCGAAAAACCACCGCACAGAAGAGACCAGCCUCUGAACCACUGCCUCAGCCGAAAGGAUCAGCCAUGGACUCUGAUGAGGACGACUUUAUCAAAAAGAGAGCACUGAAUAUUAAAGAAAACAAGGCGAUGCUUGCAAAACUGAUGUCAGAAUUGAGCAAAGUGCCUGGCCUUUUCCCUGGGAGCUUGGCAAAAUCACCUUUCGCUCCAAGAAAGCACACCCAAAAAGCACCAACUCCAAGAGUUCUUCGGAAGAACCCAGAGCGCACAACUCGUCCUCACACUCGCUCCCGCUCUCUGGUGGAUGGGCCCCCCAGCCCCACCCCAGAGGAGGAGGAGGAUCCAGAGGACAAGUUUAGCCUGGUACGCAAGAGCCGCUUCUACGAGGAAGUGGAUGAGCCGCCUCGUCGUCGCACCUACAGCGGCAUGAAGGCCAUCCCUCAUGUGGUGAGACCUGUGGACGACAUCACCGAGCUGGAGCUGGACCGCAUCUGUAAUAAUGUCCGGGAGAAGGUCUACAGCCAAUCCACAGGAUCGACCUGCCAUCAAUGCCGGCAGAAGACGACCGACACCAAAACUUGUUGCCGUAACCCUGAGUGUGUUGGAGUGAGAGGGCAGUUUUGUGGACCGUGUCUUCGUAACCGCUACGGAGAGGAAGUGAGGGACGCCCUGCUGAACGAGGACUGGCAGUGCCCGCCAUGCAGAGGGAUCUGUAACUGCAGCUUCUGUAGAGCGCGAGAGGGCCGCUGUGCCACUGGAGUCUUGGUUUAUCUGGCCAAAUAUCAUGGCUUUGACAAUGUGCACUCCUAUCUCAAAAGCUUGAAGAAGGAGCUGGAGGAGAGUGGAGAGUGA